CAAUAAUUGUAGAUUGUACAACCGAUAAAAGUUGAGAACCAAUGUCAAUAACUAUACGGUUUGUCGAUAUUAACCGAGAUACAAAAAAAGUAGAUAUUUGUGAAAAUUUUCUUGGAUUUAUUCCGGUUGAUAUUACCAUAGGUCAAGAACUUACAAAUGCAAUAUUGUCAGAAUUAAGAACAAAUAAAAUUCCAAUACAAGAUAUGCCAGGGCAAGGUUAUGAUAAUGGCUCAAAUAUGAAAGGUCACCAUUCUGGUGUACAAAAAAAAAUGUUAGAUUUAAAUAGUCGUGCUUUUUUUGUACCAUGUCAUGCUCAUACACUAAAUUUAGUUGUAAAUGAUACUGCUAAAUCAUCAACUGGAGCAAGCAAAUUUUUGAUUCAAAUUCAAGCCAUAUUUGUAUUUUUAAGUGAUUCUACUCAUCGAUGGGCUGUUUUAAAAAAACAUAACACAAUUAACUUUAAAGUCAUUAAAUGAAACUAGAUGGGAGAGUAGAAUAGAUGCAAUAAAACCAUUCAGAUAUCAAACAGGUGAAAUAUUUGAUGCAUUAUACGAAAUAAGUCAGGAUAUAUCUUUUGAUCAAAUUACCCAAUUAGAAGCUAAAUCUAUAGCCAAACAAAUAAAAAAUUUUAACUGUGUGUUGCGUUGUAAUUUAGCACUCAAUUUUAAAUCAAAUAAAUCUAGCAAAUAAAGUGUUACAGAAAGUAACAUUAGAUAUAUCUGGCGCAGAAAAUAUUUUAUCUGAAACUAUUAAUUUGUUUUAAAAAAAUUCGAUGUGAUAAGAGUUUUAAUAAAUUUUUAAAAGAUGCCAAAACCAUAGCUCUUGAAUUGGAUAUUGAGGCUUCUUUUACGCAACAAACUUCUAUACGUCCACGAAAAAAGAAAACAGUGUUCUUUUCUUAUGAACAACCAGAUGAACCCAUAAUUAAUAUAAAAACUAAAUUUAAAGUUGAUUUAUACAUUUAUAAUAUACUAGACGUAGCUCUCAAUUCUCUCAAAGAAAGAUUUGAACAAUUACAUAACCAUUGCGAUAAUUUUAAAUGUUUGUAUAACAUAAAUAGUCUAAAAAGUAUAAUGAAAGAUAAUAUUGUGGAAAAUUGUAUGGAUCUUCAAUUGCUACUAUCAGAAAAUGAAAAUGUUUGUAAAUCUGCCAAAGAAAUGACAGAUGAGUUAGUAGCAAUAUCCGGGUUAUUAAAACCCAACAGUACCCCAUUAAAAUUUUUAAAGUUUAUUGUAAAUAAUAACAAUUUUGCACGAAAUGUAGCUGUAGCACUUUGCAUUAUUUUAACUAUGCCUGUGUCGGUCGCAUCUGGUGAACAAAGCUUUUCCAAAUUAAAAAUAAUUAAAAACUAUUUGAGAUCUUCUAUGAAUCAAAAAAGGUUAGUGAUCUUGCUACAAUUUCUAUUGAAAAAGAAGUAAUGGAAAAUCUGGAGUUUAAAAAUUUACUGACGGAUUUUGCUUAAGAAAAAGCUCGCAAAAUUAAUUUUAUUUAAUAUAUUUUUAAUUUUGUAAUUAUAUAUUUUUUAGGUAAAGAAUAGGUAAAAAUAUUACUUGUUCUAUUUCAUACCCAACAUUUAUUUUAAUUUUAUUAUUAUUAUUUUAUAUUUUAUAAAGAAAACUGAGGUCAGUCAAAACCUUUUUUUUUUUAAUAAAACGAAGGUUCAUAGUUAAAAAUGAAUGUCUAUUUUUUAUUUAACCCCCUCUCCUCUUAAAAAAAUUAACUAUUGCAUAGGACAGCGUAAAUUAGAUUUGCCUAGGGCGGCAAAAAACCUAUGGCUGGCCCUGUCUCUAUGAAAAGUACGACACAAGGAAAGGAUAUUUAUCAAGUUUUCAUUAAUUUCGUCAAUAAAUCAAAUUUACCUUUGUAAAAUUUAGUUUGUAUUACGACCGAUAGAACUCCAUCAAUGAGAAAUAAAAAUAAUGGUUUAAUUGUUUUGUAUAGAAAUGAUAAUAAUUUUUCAAAUUAUUUAACGUUCUAUGUGUUGAAAAAUAUUGAAUAUAGGUAGUAUAAUGGACAUUGCUUUUAAAAUAGUUCACAAAGCUUACAAAGAUGACUUUUUUAAUUACAAUUAGAAGAAAACAAUUCUCAGCAUUAUCAUUUAUUAUUCCACACUGAUAUGAGAUGGUUAAGCCGUGGUAAAUUUCUAAAAAGAUUUCAGUGUUUACUUCUUCAAAUUAUAGAUUUUUAAAAUCCAGAGGCGAUAAUUAUGAUCACUUAUUCAACAAAACAUGGCUUCAAAAUUUAGCUUUUUAAACAGACAAAACAGCUCAUUUAAAUACUUUAAAUGUUGAACUUCAAAGGAAAGGUAGGACAAUAAUUGAGUAAUUGAGUUCUAUAAAUCGUUUUAAAUCAAAAUUAAUAUUACAAGUCACAAUUAAAAGAAACUAAUUUAAAUAAUUUUCCAAACUUAAAAGUUUUUUUGAAAAGCAAAAAUGUAAAGUUCCAGUGGAAAUAUAUUGCUAUGAAAUUGAAAAAGUGUACAAUUGAAAGACUAUUGAUAUUAAAAAAUUACAGCCGAUUAUUACAUGUAUGUCUUUUCCUUUCUUCGAAGCAAACAAUAUUGAACAUAUUUCUACACAAAUAAAUAAUUUGUUUAAUAUGGAUUCCAUAAAAAUUGAAUCUGAGAUUAUUAAUAUUAAAUCAAAUAUAUUUCUCAAAACUCGAUUUUCUGAAAAAAUUGUAUGAAUCUACUGAGUGAAGAAAAAUAUCCGUAUUUGAAGAAUAUAUCUUUGCAGUUGCUUGCCUAUUUUGAAUUUACAUAUUUGUGCAAAACAGCAUUUUCUCACAUGAAAAUAAAAAAACUAAAUACCAAGCUACACUUCUCGGAUGACCAUUUGAAACAGAACCUUCAAUAACAGUCAACUAUUCGCCAAAUUACGAUCAAUUGGUCAACGAAAUGCAAUGUCACUUCAACAAUGUUCAGAUCAACAAAAUAAUAUGUUAAUUAGACUUUAGUAAUUAAUUUAUAUAACUUUAUGUAUAUUAAUAUAUAUAAAUUAUAUGCAUAUUAUGCAUAUUAUGCAUAUAAUGCAUAUUAAUAUACAUUUUAUGCAAGUACGUUUCUUAAUAAUUAUAGAUAUUUUAUAAUAAAAAGAACUUUUUAUGAAAGUCAAUCUUUGAGUCAUCUUUUUCAAGAUGAAGUAUAUUUUUAGUAGAUCGCGGUCCAAAAAAGUUUGGCCGCCCCUGGGAGUAUGCCAUAAUAAUAAGUUAUACUACGAACUAAAAUAUAUAUUACAUAAUAUUAUUUAUAAAUUUACAAUCAAUUAUAUUAAAAAAAUAUUAUAAAUAUUUAAAUAUAUUAAAAUAUAAUAUAUAUUGAUUCAUUUUGGACUUAGGUUGACACUCUUGACAGUCUAUCCGUAAAUUUCUCUUAGUGAAGUCUUAUUAUAUUUUAAAAUUGACGCGUAUCUAUCUAACUUUUUUUAACUUUUAAAAAGAAUACUUUCCCAAGAGACGAUGUAGUUUUAAUACACAAUUAAAAACACAGUUCUCUUUUUUAAAAAAGCCGAUGAAAUAAGGAAAGUUCUGUGUACAGAGUUAAAAUCUAUAUUCUCAAUCAAACAUAGUAGGAUAUCAAAUAUCAAACUGCACUCACAAAAACGUAAACAUGUAUUGGCCGUGUCUAGCAGUUCUAAUAAAUUAACGUCAUUUUUUAUCAAUAAAGCAAAAUCUGGGCUAUCGGAUGAGAAGAAACAUAUUACGACAGAAGAUGAUAUGUUUGCCUUUCAUAUUAUAAUGCUCAAUCAUUCGUUUUGCUCUAUGGAUUGUACCUACAUCCUCAGUUCCUCACUAAUAAAGAAAAUUAAAAAAUUGUCUUGUGCUCAAAUGAAAUGUGAAUUGAUUAGAUCAAAAGUAAUUAUCGCUUUUGCAAUGAAACAAGUUUUAGAAGAGUUUAAAAAUAAUAAAUUUGCAACACUUACGGUAGAUAAAUCAAAUCACAAAAAUCAAAAACUUGUACCAAUUAUUAUCAGAUAUUCUAAUCCACAACUAGUACAAAUCAAAGUUUUGGAAUUUGCAAAUUUACAAGAUGAAACCACGGAUAUUUUUACUAGUUAUAUAAUUAAAUGUUUUGAAGAAAUACAACUUAUCCAAUAA